UUAUUGGGAAAAAAAGAUAUCGAAAAUUUCACUUUAAACAAAUAUCAGAUAAAGAGAUGUUGACCGCUGGAUGGGUGAGGUCAUCUGGACGAGAUCUAAAUCCACGUCCAUUAAGGAGCAAUGGCAAUGGUAAAACCUCGACUUCCUCUUACACAUUUCUUAUUCUGCUUUCAAAACCCUCUCAAAGGAGUCUCCUCUGCCAUUUUCAAUCUCCCAUGGAAUCCGUCAACGUCCUCAAAGGCUAUGGCAAAGUAAGCUCCAACCUUGAAAAUCAAAACCUCCACCGCUCUAAAAUCAUCCGAAGAUCCCUAAUCUUUUCCGCCCUUUUCUUAACUCUGAUCAUCGGUUUAAUGCUUGCCCUCCUAAUCCAUGAGUCCAACACCGAAUCCCCUGAGUCUGGGUCCGAUUCCCCAUCCCUUUCCUCUGCCUCCAACUCGGUCAACUCAAUCAAAACUGUCUGCAACGUGACUCGGUACCCAGCAUCCUGCUUCACCAGCAUACAUUCUCUGAACGCCUCAAUAAAGCCCGACCCAGAAGCCAUCUUCAAGGUUUCUCUCCAAGUCUCCAUUAAAGAGCUGAAAAACGUUUCUUCCUUAUUCACAACUCUCAACGAUGCUAAGUCUCAGGCUGCUAUAAACGACUGUUUGAGUCUGUUUGAUGAUUCGCUGAGUAGACUUAACGAUUCGCUGUCGGCAAUGGAGGUUGGCCCUGAAGAAAAAGCGUUGACCUUAGAGAAGAUCAACGAUAUUCAGACGUGGAUCAGCGCUGCCAUGUCUGAUCAGCAGACUUGCGAGGACGGCCUGGAGGAGAUGGGAUCGAUGGUUCUCGAUGAGGUAAAGGCUAAGAUGGAGAAUUCUAAGGAGUUCUUGAGUAAUAGCUUAGCUAUUGUUGCUCAGAUGCAGAGCCUUCUUGAAAAGUUUGAUCUCAAAAUGCAUUGAAUUUUCCUGUUUUAGGUUUGGAUGUUAAAAAUUUGUUAUCUUAAUAGUUCUAUAAAAUUUUCUUGUAUGCACUUAUAAGAUGACACGUGUAAAUAACCUUCAAAGUAAUUGUAUUACUGUGAGAAAUUGAAUUGAAUAUUUGUAAUUUUGAGUUC